AUGAUUUCAUUCUUAGCCUUGAUAGCUAUCGUGUAUUUUGUAAUUUGUUUUGUGUGGGAUCAAAUUCCACCUAGGAUGAGUGCAAGAAGAAAAAUAACCAUGUCAGGUUGGGGAGCUCCAUCGGAACCUGCUACUUACGGAGCUGUCACAGUUAAUGUUGAUCACAUUGAGGCAGUUUUGGAGAAAAUUUCAAAGAAAACUGGUCAAAAACUUACACUUACUCAUUUUGUUGCUAGAGCUUUGGGCCUUGCGAUUGAGGCUUGUCCUGAAAUUAAUCAUCGCAUGGUUUUAGGAAAAUUGUUACCAAACAAGACAGUAGAUAUCAGCUUGUUGGUUGCAUGUGAAGAUCCUGUCACAAAGAAGAAUGAUUUGGCCAAUGUCACUAUUAGAUCUAUCAACAAAAAGACACUUAAAGGAAUUAGUGAUGAAGUUAUUAAAGGAGCAGAGAAAUUGAGAGCGGGUAAGAAUGAGCAUCACAAAAAGACCAAUCAACCAAUGAGACUCAUUCCUAGCGUUCUUGCUGGUCCAUUGAUUUCACUUUCUUCAUGGCUAGCUUGCGCUUUGCAAGUUGAUAUUCCAGCAUUUGGAUUGCAAGCACAUCCAUUUGGAACAUGUAUCGUUACAAGCGUUGCCGGCUUCGGUAUUGAGGAAGGAUUUGUCCCAUUGGCUCCAUUCACAAGAUGUCCUUUGUUUGUGUGUAUUGGAAAGGCUGUGAAAAGACCUACUGUCGAUGAGGAUACCAAUGAAAUUGUUAUAAGAAAACAAAUUAAGAUUUCUGCUACAACUGAUCACCGUUAUGUUGAUGGAAAAGAAGUUGGAAAGCUUGUCAUGAAAUUCCUCGAUGUGUGCAACAAUUUGGAAAAGUAUAUCGACGAAGAUCAAGAAUGCCUUUAA